UUGCUUUUGCGUAGUUAUACUUGUGUUUGCAAAUGAAAAUAACGAAGAUGAUGAAAAUGGAGUACAAGCAGGACAAGGCAUCGCCUGUUUCUUCUUGGAUCAGCAGCAAGCUCAUGACAUCAUCUUCCGGCAGCUCGUAGGAGGUUUCUGGUGGAAGUUUUCAGUUUUCUUGUACAGAAUCAGCAGAACAUACAAGGAGUUAUGGUGCUUUUUCCAUCUUUCCUUGAUGGAUUGGGAAGAACCAUCUCGAACAAGAAGACAAAGAAUUGCCAUAAUGAUGUGGCAAAGGAGACUGCAGAAGCAUUGGCAAAGGAAGCAAAAAAGAAUGAGCUGGUUUUGAGUUCUUCUGGGAUUGUUAAUUCUGACAAGUCUAACAAUUUUUCUUCUAUUUGCUCCAAGAGAGGCCAAAAGGGUAUCAAUCAGGAUUGCUUGGUCAUAUGGGAGGAAUUUGGGUGCCAAGAAGACAUGAUCUUUUGUGGAGUGUUUGAUGGGCAUGGACAAUGGGGACAUCUAGUUAGCAGAAGGGUCAGGCAGUCUAUGCCUUCUUCUCUGUUGUGCAAUUGGCAAGAAACUCUCAGUUUAACAUCACUUGACCUGAAUUUUAAAAUGGAGAUGGAUCGGAAACUCCAUCGAUACAAUACAUGGAAGCAAUCCUUUCUUAAAACAUAUGCUGCCAUAGACCAGGAGCUUAAGCAUUCUUCUAAAAUCGAUUCCUAUCGAAGUGGUACUACAGCGCUGACAAUUAUUAAGCAGGGUGAACUUCUCAUCACAGCACAUGUGGGCGACUCUCGAGCUGUUUUGGCCACCACUUCAGAAGAUGGAAGCUUGGUACCUGUCCAGCUUACAGUCGAUUUCAAGCCUAACUUGCCUCAGGAGGCUGAGAGAAUCAGAAGGUCCAAUGGACGAGUGUUUUGUCUACCUGAUGAACCGGGCACUUACAGGGUGUGGAUGCCAAACGGGAAGACACCUGGACUGGCAGUAUCCAGAGCUUUUGGUGACUAUUGUGUUAAGGACUUUGGGCUUAUUUCUGUGCCUGAUGUGAGCCAAAGAUACAUAACCAGAAAAGACCUGUUUGUCAUUUUAGCAACAGAUGGGGUAUGGGAUGUUAUCUCCAACAAAGAAGCUAUACAAAUAGUUUCUUCAGCACCAGAUAGGAACAAAGCAGCAAAAAGAUUGGUGGCAUGUGCUGCUCUUGCAUGGAAGUCAAAGAGAAGAGGCAUUGCAAUGGAUGACAUCUCUGCUAUUUGCCUCUUCUUUAACCCUAACUCAUCAUCACACCAAACCAACCCUCUGGUCUCUGAAUAUCCUGGUGUGAAGAAAUCUGGGUGUAUGUAGGUUUAAUUGCUUCCUCAUGUGUGGCAAUACAUGUAUAUCUCAUAAAACUCCUUACUUUUCCUACUUCGGUGUAUAGCAAGUAAUGUUAACCAGUUUUUGGUUACUAUAUCCGAUUUACAAAGUUGGUCUUAGAACAAUGAGUUCAUAGAUUAAGAGACUGAUGUUCAAAACAAAGGAAAGAGUCGGUUACAUAUGUAUGUUAUCUU